AAAUCAUCCAAUGAGUUGAAUUUGAUUGCCACUACUACUCGUGCUCCUUUACGUGAUUUUACUAUCGAAACCUCGAUUCGUAAAUUUCCAUCAACGAUUAUUCUACAGUGACGACCCCACAUUCACGGUCAAUCAUGAGCACGGAGACGCAGACGCGACAGAAGACUUCAAUCUCUGGCAUUCGGAAGAAGCCGUUUGCUGUUCCUCCGGUCAAAGUUGCUUGCUUGUCAUGUCGUUCGUCGCGGAUUCGAUGUGAUGGGAAAGAACCAUGUUCUGGUUGCAAUCAUCGAGGAAAAGAAUGUGUAUAUGUCCAAAGUCGACGAGGCGGUGCUCGUGUGCCGAGGAGUAAGAGACAAGACAACGAAAAGGCGGAUUAUGUCAAGAUCGCACAAGAAUGUUUCGAUGAAUCAGUACCUACUAUGGUCAAGCCUGGGGCUGGAUUAACACAAUUGGAUCUGAGUCUAGACAAUACGGACAACUUGUUUGACAGCAUAUUCACAGCAGCACCUUUACCUCAACCAAUUGAGUUGGAUGAAACUCCUCGAGCAGCUGGCUCAGUGCGGAGAUAUCAUUGCGACGGUGACAUAUUGGAUGCUUACUACAUCUGGCUACAUCCGUUCUUUCCAAUCCUCCCACCAUCGGAAGCUACUCAUCCAAAAGACAACCCACAACUCUGGUUUCCGGAAUCUUCAGCAUGUACCUUUGAGCCACGAUCACCAGCUAGUCUGGCUAUCUCAGCAAUCUUGGCUCUAAUACCACAUCCGGAAGAGGGCGCACCAUUCUCCGAAGAAAGCAUAAAAGCCCGUCGAGAAGCCGCCCACCACUUUGCUAAACGCACAAUUGAGAGCAUAGAAAGUGACUCCGAGAUGCCGGAUUCUUCUAUCUCACCAGCACAGGCUCUUGUGAAUGGAUACUCACAUAUCUCAAGACCGGCUUUCCACUCAAGAGUACCGGUGGGGUUGGAAAGUGUGAUUGCGUUGAGCAUACUAAGUGUUUAUGAGUAUGCGCAACGGGGUAAUAUCACAAAGAUGAGGGAUCGAGCAAGUCAGGCUUUGAUGAUGGCAAUGAAUUUGUCGUUGCAUGAUCGAGGAACUGAGCUUAAUGGAUUCGCAGAGGCGAGAAGGAGGAUCUGGUGGAUGACGUACAUCUGUGUAUGUCAGGCUUCGAUUGUGAGCUCCGCGCCUCCAGCGAUACCGUUGUUUGACUCUCGAUUUACAACGAGCUUUCCACAAGCAUCAGAUCCAGAGGCAUGGCCCUUCUUCAUCAAAUCACAACAAACCAUUCUCCUGGCAACACAAUUCGUCUCUGCUGUAGGACGAGCAGUGGACGGCCGAGAAGACUGGACGGACGUUCCUACUCGAAUGCAGGAGUUGCACAAUACCAUAGAACCGCUGAUUGCACAGGCCAAUACCUGGACAGACAUCAAACCAGUGUCCACUGACCCAGAAGCCAUGAUCGCGUACUCGCUGAAGCAAAUGUCCAAGAUCAAGUUAAACAGUGCAAGGAUAAAACUCCACCGCUACAGCGCCUUCUUCGACAUCCCCGUCUUCAGCGAAAAACACUGCGAUCUCAAAAAAUCCGAACCUUUUCUCCCUCCCUCCUCCUCCUCCACCACUUCCGAUCCCCUCGACACAACCGCCCUGACAAACUCUCCAUCACCACAAUCCUGCAGUUGCAGUUCCUCCUCUUCUUUACCUUUGCAAUUGCCCACCUUGACCUCUUCUUCAGUCUCGCCUCCAAAUUCUACAUCCUCGGCUUCCACAAUGACGGAAUAUUUCCACCCUUUCCCCUUUAGCAGCCAUGAUUCUUCGCGGUUGUGUUUGAACUCCGCCCUCGCUAUCGCCGCCGCAUUCUCUGUAUUACCUCUUCCCUCCGCCACGGGUCCGUUGCUUCCACGCACCAUGCCCAGUUUCGCAUGUUGUGCCAUGCAAUCCGCGUAUGCUUUGUUGAUGGUAUAUCAUCGAACUUGGGUGCUGUGCCAUCAACAAGAACAAGAAGACGGCAGGGAAAAAGCCGAACAGCUGUUGGAUAGAUGUGAGGCGGGGUUGAGGGCUAUUCUAGAGGCGUUGGGGAAUUAUUCCGUCGCGUUCGAGGCGUUGGGGGGGAUGAGAGAUCAGAUACAAGCGGCGGUGGAUUGUUUGCGAUUAGGUGAUGAAGUUUGAGGAGGUGUAAAACGCGAGAAUAUUGGCGAAUGGUGUUUGCUACAAAUGAUGAAUUUAUUCAUUUUAUUCUCUGCCCGUCAAACAGCGAUUGAUGUGUGUUUUUUCUUUUCUCUUUAUUUGAAAUUGUUUCUCUGUGUGCACAUCUUCGAUUGACGUGCUCGUGCUCUACUCUAUCAAUGGUCGUGCUAUUAUCCACCCAUCAAGCGACCAUCUUUAUACCUUUUUGCCACAUCCAAUUACAUCCCAUCAACAUCCCAUCCCAUAGUAAAUCCAACUAACACACGCACCGUACACCUCACCAAACCUCCCCCUCCAACCCCACCUAACCGCCUUUACUUUCGCAAAAACACAUCAACACGUACCGUACAC